CUACACGGUGCUACCAUCUGAUUGGCUACGCUGGCGAACGCCCAUCUUUGUUGUGUGACGCAACCGCUCCGCGUCGCUCUUAACGUCUGUGCCUGCCGUGUCGCGUUCAGAGACUUCAGACAAAACCGGUUCGGCGCAAUGUCCGUCGGAAAUGCAGCCAGAAGUUUGCUUAAGCCGGUCCGGGGAGUCUUACGGUCCGCGGACACGGUUCUGAAGAGGAGCUACGUGGCUGUGGCCGAAGCUCGCGCCGUGCUGGAGCACGAGCUCGAGUCUAUCCGAGCCGCGGGGACGUGGAAGGCGGAGAGGAUAAUUACGUCCAAGCAGGGUCCUCAAAUAAACGUGGACGGCAGCAGUGGCAGUAUAUUGAAUUUCUGUGCCAACAACUACCUCGGACUGUCCAGUCAUCCAGAGGUGGUGCAGGCUGGAAUUGAUUCUCUGAGGGCCUACGGUGCUGGACUGAGCUCCGUCAGAUUCAUCUGCGGGACACAGGACCUGCACAAACAUCUGGAGAAGAAGCUCGCCGAGUUUCACGAGAGGGAGGACUGCAUCCUCUACGCCAGCUGUUUCGAUGCCAACGCGGGGCUCUUUGAGGUGCUGCUGGGCCCAGACGACGCGGUGCUUUCGGACGAGCUCAACCACGCCUCCAUCAUCGACGGCAUCCGCCUGUGCCGAGCCAAGAGGCUGCGCUACAAGCACAUGGACCUCCACGACCUGGAGCACAGGCUCAAAGAGGCCCAGUCGUCCCGCAUGCGGCUGAUAGUGACGGACGGAGUCUUCUCCAUGGACGGAGACGUCGCUCCCUUACAGGGGAUCUGCGACCUGGCGGAGCAGUACGGAGCCAUGGUGUUCAUAGACGAGUGUCACGCCACCGGUUUCCUGGGGGCAAGGGGCAGAGGAACAGACGAGCUCCUUGGAGUGAUGGACAGAGUCCAUAUUGUAAAUUCCACCCUGGGAAAAGCGCUGGGCGGGGCAGCAGGUGGCUACACAGUGGGCCCCAAGCCUCUCAUCGACCUGCUCCGGCAGCGCUCCAGGCCCUACCUGUUUUCCAACGCCCUCCCCCCACCCGUGGUGGGCUGCGCCACCCGGGCUGUGGAGCUCUUGCUGGCCUCCAACGAGAUCGCACAGAGCAUGACGGCCAAAACCAUGAGAUUCCGGAACAAGAUGACGCAGGCGGGCUUUACCAUCGCAGGCUCGGCCCACCCCAUCUGCCCCGUGAUGCUGGGCGACGCGCGGCUGGCCUCCGACAUCGCUGACGACAUGCUGAAGCACGGAAUCUACGUGAUCGGAUUCUCCUACCCGGUCGUACCGAGGGGCAAAGCCAGGAUCCGCGUUCAGAUUUCGGCCGCCCACACAGACGAGGACAUCGACCGGUGCGUGGACGCCUUCAUCCAGACCGGCAGAAAGCACGGCGUCGUCUCCUGAGAGGGACCCGGCCAACCGCUCGCCUUUACAGAUCCCGCCGCCUGUUACUGAAGAGCCGUGAAAGCUCUCGACGCAAAACCUUAGUUACAUUUUGUUGGUCAGUGGAGCUGAUUGUUAUUGAUGUUUUCUAGCUGACCCAAGCGCUUUUUUGCUAAAGUGUAGGUCUGCAUUUGAGGAGAAAAAGGGCUAAUAAUUCCUCGGCUCCUGCACUUUCUCCCAGGAGAAAAAAAUGUUUCUAUCUAAUCCAAAAUCGGGAGUUUUGAAUAUUGUAACAGCACUUGGCAAGUUUAGAGUGGCUUUAAGUAAGACAAUGUUGCAUCGUGAGGAAUUAUCAUGGCAAAUAUUAAACUUGAAAAAUACUCAGGCUCUUUGUCUUUCUUUCUAAUAAAGUUUAUUCAUUGCCAACAUGUGAAAGCCAAGAGUCAAAUCAAAACUGAAGUCCCAAAGAUGGUUUAGCAACUACAACAUGUGUAGCCAUGGUGGCUGUAACACAUUCAUUAAGCCCCAUUCACUCCACCACCAUGCGUGUUGCGUUGUGAUGCACACCAUCUUGUUUGUGGGGUUAAAAAUUUGAGCAUGCAUUGUCUAGUUUAUUCACAAUAAACCAGCUCCGCACAAAACACAGUGUCAGUAAAUCAUCCCCUCAAGCUAAGAGCAACAAUCUUUUUAUCCGAUUUCUCUGAGCAGUCUGUUCUUUGUCUAAAAGACGUGCUGACUUAUCACCUCCUGGAAGUCCCCCCCCUUUUGUAUGAAUAAUUCUAUUACUUAAACAUCACAAAUAGAUGGGCAGCAACAGUUGCUCCUAAAAUAAUUGCUGAUGGGUGUCCUUGGCAACC